AUAUGAUCGAAUGGUCUGACGAACCUACGUGAAAAAACAAUAAAACCUUUAGUCAUAAAUCAACUUAAAUGUUAAAGACUAAACCAAGUCAAUAUUAACUUAGAAGCUGGUUUGCAACGCAUCUGGAUUAUUUGUUUAGUGUGUUUUAAUAAUGAAGUGCCCAGUGUGUAACAAAGAAGUUUACUUCGCUGAACGCAUUGAAACACUGGGUAAGAACUGGCAUCGCAGCUGUUUAAAGUGUGGAAGAUGUUACAGACCGAUUACACCAGGUUAUCAUUGCAAGCGUAAUGGCCGAAUUUAUUGUUAUAAACCUUGUUACAUGACUCUGUAUGGACCAAGAGGCUAUGGUGCGGUUCCAAACACUGAAAAUUACUCAUAACGGAAUGAACAUGGAUGAGGACUGGGAUGAAUUGUCAUUAUUGACACUGUUUGCAAGACUCAUGAAAUAGAUUUAUUUAAUUACUACUUAUCUCUGUGAUUUUAAUACCAUAUACUUUGUAAUAAAAUCGCUUAUCAUAAGAUGCGUGUUUUUCGUUCUAUACCACAAUGAUCCGGGGUUAAAUGAUAGUGAGAGGUGCCAAAGGUUAUCUUUAAUAGACCAUGAUGCACAUUGGUUUACUGAAUAACGAUCAUCGUUGAUAACUAAUUUUCAAAGAAAUUAUCGGUAGAAAUUUGGAGAAACGUAACACAAAUAGAAUAAAAUCACACAGGUAAACUUCAGGUAAGGAGUAGAAAUUCUCACAUCGUAACUAUAAAACUCAGAAGGGU